AUGGAACAGAAAGGACAAAUCAUUAAAUCGACUAUUUUACCAUCUCCUUCGCAAGUAGUUCCAUCUCAGCUGUCCUCACGCAUAAAACCGCGAAUUCUUAUAGUUGGUAUUGUGCAAUGGGCGCGUCAGGAAGUGUAUUUGAUGUCGGCUAAAUAUGAAUUUGAGAUGUGCACAGCCGAAAAUCGUGAACAAUUUAUAGAAUUCUGUCGCGAAAGGUAUCAAGGCGUUGUGGCAAUUUAUCGAAAUAACGUGACAUCUGAUGUGAGUCAACGAAUUGGAAAAUUUGACAAAAUCUUGAUUUCAAACCUUCCUGAUUCUGUAAAAUUUAUUUGUUGUUAUGGCGUGAAUUACGACACGAUUGAUAUUAAUGCUUGUUCGAACAAAAAAAUUAUGGUCUCUAAUACUCCGGAUCCCGUAUACAAUGCUACGGCCGAUACUGUAAUGUUCUUGAUCUUAUCCACUUGUCGAAAUGCAUUUGCGGCUCAAAAUAAUUUACGAAAUGGAAACUGGAAAUUUGGCUUACAGCGAGGAACAAAUCUCGCUGGAAAGACUUUGGGAAUGUACGGAAUGGGAGGAGUUGGAAGAGUAGUUGCAAAAAGAGCAUACGCAUUUCGAAUGAAAAUUCAAUAUUAUAGUCGCUCUCGAUUAGAUAUUGGCACUGAAGCGCAAUUACACGCAGAGUACGUCACCCUUAACCAACUUUUUCAGACAUCAGACAUCAUUUCAUUAAACUUACCAUUACGACCAGACACCACACACAUAAUCGGUCAACGAGAAUUCUCGCAGAUGAAACGAGGUGUAAUAAUAAUCAAUACUUCUGCGGGAGGGUUGAUUGAUGAGCAAGCUCUGGUGAACGCUCUCGAGUCUGGACAGGUUGCAUCAGCAGGGCUAGACGUAUUCGAAAACGAGCCAUCAAUUCAGUCAGGCCUCUUAACCCGCGACAAUGUCACUUUAUUACCCCAUAUUUCGACAUUCACCAGCGACACCGAGUACGAGAUGGAAUUACUCGUGCUGCGAAAUUUGCAGACUGCUUUGAAUACGGACAAAUUGGUGAAUUUGGUUAAAGAGCAAAAUGUUGAGUCGUUAUCAGAUUUAUUUUCGUUAGCUUUUGGCGGAUUCUAG